AUGGGCGGAGUCUCCCGCGGUGUGGGCGGUGCGCGUGGCCGGGCCGGCGUCGUGCUUAGUGCGCAGGCGCGCCGCUUUUCUCCUCAGCGGAGCGUGCCGGCGGUCCCGGGUCCGACUCGGGUGCGGCGGCGCGAAGGCGGGCGCUGGGUCCGGGAGGUCCGGACCGUGGUCCGCGCGGACGGCCUGAGGCUGCGGCGUGGGGCGUGGGGAGGGAGGCUUCGGGUUCGCUCGGGGCCCGCUCACGCCGCCCCUCCUCCCCCGCCACCCCGGCGGGGGCCGAGUCGACACCGAAUGGGGGCGCCUCUGGAGGGCCCCGAGCGAACGCGCAGGAAGUGCGGCGAUUUUGGGGGGAAGCCGCGCUCGCUGCGGGGUCUCCGUCCUCGUAGGCGCCGAGGCGGCUCGACCGCUUCCCGGACGCUCUCCUGGAACAAAGCAGCUUCACGGAGGCAGGAAGGACCGGGCCUCAGGCGCAGGAAUCCCGCCGGGAAGAACGCAUCAGAGCCCGUCGGAGUCUCAGAAGAGAAAGACGGAAGAAACGCGGAAAAGAAGCAAAGGGGGGCAGGGCUCCAGGGAUUUCACCGCAUUCAGAUGCUGUACGCCUUCCCAGGUUUUGAUGCUCUUCCGAGUACAACAGAAAAUGAACAAAUCCCGAAAUGCGCUGGUCUGGGAUCCGUGUCGUUCAAGGACGUGACCGUGGACUUUACCCGGGAUGAGUGGCUACAACUGACAGGCACGCAAAGGACGCUGUACCGGGACGUGAUGCUGGAGAACUACAGCCACCUGGUCUCAGUGGGGUGUCGCCUCACCAAACCAGAGGUGAUCUUCAAGUUGGAGCAAGGAGAAGAGCUGUGGCCAUCAAGGGGAGAAUCCCCAGAUCAGGGUGAUCAAGGAAGCCUGCAAAGCUGGCAGUUAGCUGGGCCACAACCAACGGACUGUACAGUCUUCUCUGGGGAGCCUGGAUGGACAGUGCCACCAAGCUCACUGACCUGGAACAAAGAAGCGGGUGACUCGGGGGCCUCCGAGGGGAUAGGGCCUUGGUGUUAAAACUACGUCUUCAUUUUGAUCCACGUGAGGAGGAGUCAGUAAGCCAUCGCUUCACUAACUCGAGGAGGAUACAGAAUAUUGGGGGAUCUCACGUGUCCACGGCCAGGAAGGGUCUGCCUUCUGCUCAGCCCCUGGAAACCCCUCUCAGAGUUCAUGAUCUGCUCACACCCCAAAUUAUGAGGUCACUGGUACAACACCCAGGAGCUCCUGCCCCCCCAACUCACCCCCAAGUCCUUCAGUCCCCCCUUCAGUCCUUACUAAAGCACAGGGAGCCUCAAGUCCCUCUAGUGCUUUAUGAACUCGGGCCUGUGUUACCUUACACACUUGCCAGGGACAGUUAAAAACUUUUCAUAUAUUGUAUUCCAUCAAGUCUAAAACCAUUAUCUUACGUGCCUCUAGAGAAGAAAAACAGUGGCAUUAAAGAACAUGCCACUGACCUUACUUUCAGAGAUGUAAUAAUAUGAGAGCACGGACAUGUUUGAAACUGAACAGAUCACACUGCUCCAUCAUCAGAGAGGCAGUCCGGGACCACUUACGUGUACCAGGCUCUUUCAUGCGCAGGCACUCGGUAAGAAGAAUGUGGUGAACCAUUGAAACUUUUUGAGUAUUUUACUUAAAAUGCAUACUGUGUAUUUAAAGCUAUAAUGACAAACUA